AUGGUUCGACUGGACCGUGUUUUCGGUAUCCUCCUGGCUGCUAUUGCUGGGUGGUCCGCUUUCCACUACCCAAAAGUCGCUGGAAGCGUUUGCCAUCGCCUCGGUCUGCCGGGUGAUGGAUGCCCCGACCCAAGUGACUUACGGAUAUACGGUUCCGCGGGGGCGGUAAUAUAUCUUCUUUUUCAGCAAUGGUGGCCACAUCAGCUGGGAGGUGAAGGUUCAGAAGAGCAGCUUUGGCAGGGAUACCCGAUGCAGCAAAACAGCGUGUACUGCCACCUGUACUUCUACCUCGCUUUCGGCCAUCAUCUCGCCUCUCUUGUUUGUAUCCUAAAAUCACCUUGGCUUCCGGACUUCUUUGAUCAGCUGCUGCCAUGCGUCGCAGCUCUGUGUCUCAUCUACUUCUCCUACAUGAGCAACUUUCUGAGGGUCGGCGUGGUCAUCUUAUUCUGCCAUGACAUAUGCGACAUUUUCACCUACGGGUGCAAAGCGUUCGUAGAUACGCCAUAUCACAAAGUUACCAUAGGACUUUUUAUGUUGCUAACGACAUGCUGGUUUUACUUCCGCCUAUACACUUUUCCGGCGGCCGCACUGUUCCCAAUAUUUAAAGCGAUCAAGACUCGCCCUCAUUAUUCCGAGACAGAAGGGGGUAGCUACUUCAUUUUUAUCCUGCUCACCUUAUGCCUGAUGAAUAUUUACUGGUUUGUGUUGAUGGUGAAGAUGUUUGUUCACUUCAUCGUCAGCGGCCAAAUGCGAGACUUGCACUCACGCGUUUCCGACGUGGAUGACCCAGCGCACCCUCGCACCCGCCAGACCUCUACGAAACCGGCAAAAGCUGACUGA